UGAAGAAGGUAAUUGUGGUUUUGUUGGCGAACAGUUUACUACCAUCAAGGACAAUCAUUUGAGAUAACUGGACAAGGUUUAAAUGUAUGAGGAACAAAAGUAUCAUUGGAAACAUUAGAAGAUAGAAUAAUCUCAUAUCUUUUAUGCCUUAAUAUAUUCAUAUCAGCAACAAUGCAUGUGAAAGCCAUCGUGUUGACUUAAAUGCCUUACCGGAUAUAUAUACAUGUGUGUGUUUAUUUUCAUAUGCUUGUGUAACUCUAGAAUGAUUAUACAGCUUCAUUGAUAAUACUGGAUGAAACUAAAUGGUUUGCACUGUGUUCAUUAGUCCGCCUGUGUAUUACUUUGUAUGGUUAAUAUCUCAUGUCCCCUGGUAUCUGCUAGUGUUAAAUCGUGUGUGGGAGUACCUUAUAGGCUUAUGAUAGAGUGCAACAUACUAAAAUUGCAUCUCAUGCUCCAUUGUACACAGAGUUAUGGCCCUUUGUUUACUGAUUUUAUUCUGAACAGGCUGUAUCUUAUAUACUUUGCCAGCUACAAUUAUCAAGUAUUACCAAAUAAUCAUUUGUGAAUACUUCUUAAGAUUGCUGUGUGUCAUGUACUAAAAUGGAGUCUCGUGUCACCCUAGAAAUAGAGUUAUGGCCCUUUGUUAUUUACAUUUGUUAUCAAAGUUUACCCAGAGGUGAGGGGCUAUUGAUUGCUUGAUAUACUUAGCCUUUUUAUACAUGUACUGUAAAGCACAUCAUAGUAAUUAUGUUAAUUGCAUAGGUGCUAUAUCAAUGUUGUAUAACUUAUUAAUCAAUAUUUAUUAUUUAGGAUCCGGCCCCUCUCCUGUAGGCUUGCAUUAGUCCCUUGGUAAUGACGUCAUGUUGGGUAUAAAUGGGCAAAAAGACUUAUUUUACUAUGAUUGUCCUAGGGUCCUGCUGGCUCCUUGGAAGUUAGUCUUUUGGUUAAAACCGUAUUUAUGUGCUUGCUUGACAUGAUGACCCAAUCAUUCUACAAGAGAAAAAGCCCUGCUGCUGGGGAUAGUCCCAGGGUAAUAACAUGGGUGGUCGGGGAUAGUCCCAGUGUUAUAACAUGGGUGGUCGGGGAUAGUCCCAGGGUUAUAACAUGGGUGGUCGGGGAUAGUCCUAGGGUUAUAACAUGGGUGGUUGGGGAUAUUCCCAGGUUUAUAACAUGGGUCGGGGAUAGUCCCAGGGAUAUAACAUGGGUGGUCGGGGAUAGUCCCAGGGUUAUAACAUGGGUGGUUGGGGAUAGUCCCAGGGUUAUAACAUUGGUCGGGGAUAGUCCCAGGGUUAUAACAUUGGUCGUGGAAAGUCCCAGGGAUAUAACAUGGGUGGUCGGGGAUAGUCCCAGGGUUAUAACAUGGGUGGUUGGGGAUAUUCCCAGGGCUAUAACAUGGGUGGUCAGGGAUAGUCCCAGGGUUAUAACAUUGGUCGGGGAUAGUCCCAGAGUUAUAACAUGGGUGGUUGGGGAUAGUCCCAGAGUUAUAACAUGGGUGGUCGUGGAUAGUCCCAGGGUUAUAACAUGGGUGGUCGGGGAUAGUCCCAGUGUUAUAACAUUGGUCGGGGAUAGUCCCAGGGUUAUAACAUGGGUGGUCGGGGAUAGUCCCAGGGUUAUAACAUUGGUCGGGGAUAGUCCCAGAGUUAUAACAUGGGUUGUCGGGGAUAGUCCCAGGGCUAUAACAUGGGUGGUCGGGGAUAGUCCCAGGUUUAUAACAUUGGUCGGGGAUAGUCCCAGAGGUAUAACAUGGGUGGUCGGGGAUAGUCCCAGGGGUAUAACAUGGGUGGUUGGGGAUAUUCCCAGGGCUAUAACAUGGGUGGUCAGGGAUAGUCCCAGGGUUAUAACAUGGGUGGUUGGGGAUAGUCCCAGGGUUAUAACAUUCUUCCUACUUGUUCAGAGUGGUUGCACAUUUUCAUUGUUAUGCUCUUUAGUAUUUAAAAAAAAGAAAAACCUAGGCUAAUUUACUUUUAUUUUGUUUAACCUUUAAAUUCAAUGUAGUUUUGCUUUUUACAUUAUGAGGUUUGGUUUUACUAAUAUGCAAAGCCUUUGAGCGAGCAAUCACCAACACUGACCAACGGUCAUUUCUGGGUGACCAAUCGCCAACACUGACCAACGGUCAUGUCUGGGUGACCAAUCACCAACACUGACCAAUGGGCAUUUCUGGAUGUUGUAGGCCAUCACAAUCACAGAUGAUCGGCCAUGUAUAGAUAUAUGUAAGUUUAUUUCAAUCUGUCACAUCGGCCAUGUAUAGAUAUAUGUAAGUUUAUUUCAAUCUGUCACAUCGGCCAUGUAUAGAUAUUUGUAAGUUUAUUUCAAUCUGUCACAUCGGCCAUGUAUAGAUAUUUGUAAGUUUAUUUCAAUCUGUCACAUCGGCCAUGUAUAGAUAUUUGUAAGUUUAUUUCAAUCUGUCACAUCGGCCAUGUAUAGAUAUUUGUAAGUUUAUUUCAAUCUGUCACAUCGGCCAUGUAUAGAUAUUUGUAAGUUUAUUUCAAUCUGUCACAUCGGCCAUGUAUAGAUAUUUGUAAGUUUAUUUCAAUCUGUCACAUCGGCCAUGUAUAGAUAUUUGUAAGUUUAUUUCAAUCUGUCACAUCGGCCAUGUAUAGAUAUUUGUAAGUUUAUUUCAAUCUGUCACAUCGGCCAUGUAUAGAUAUUUGUAAGUUUAUUUCAAUCUGUCACAUCGGCCAUGUAUAGAUAUUUGUAAGUUUAUUUCAAUCUGUCACAUCGGCCAUGUAUAGAUAUUUGUAAGUUUAUUUCAAUCUGUCACAUCGGCCAUGUAUAGAUAUUUGUAAGUUUAUUUCAAUCUGUCACAUCGGCCAUGUAUAGAUAUUUGUAAGUUUAUUUCAAUCUGUCACAUCGGCCAUGUAUAGAUAUUUGUAAGUUUAUUUCAAUCUGUCACAUCGGCCAUGUAUAGAUAUUUGUAAGUUUAUUUCAAUCUGUCACAUCGGCCGUGUAUAGAUAUUUGUAAGUUUAUUUCAAUCUGUCACAUCGGCCGUGUAUAGAUAUUUGUAAGUUUAUUUCAAUCUGUCACAUCGGCCAUGUACAGAUAUUUGUAAGUUUAUUUCAAUCUGUCACCACGGUCACUAGUCCUAGAAUUCCAGUAAGCUCGCUAGUCCCCUGAAUAUAUCUAUGUCAUCUGCUAAUAUACUAAGAAAUUUUCAUUGUUAUAUUUGUUAUGUCACGAACCUUUGUAUGUUUGCUUAUAAAUGUGUUGUAUAUAAACUCAAUUCAAUGUUUAUAUUUACCUAGUUCUUGGUAAAUGUCAUAGAUUGGACCAGUUGUGAAGGAAGUACUGUGGUAAGAUUUUGCCAUGAUGCAGUGUCUGUCGGUCAACUUUAAAGAAACACAACUUUGGAAUAGCCAAAAGGCUUAGGGUCAUGAUAUAGUUUCACAGUAGCAUACAAGGAUGAAAGGCUGUCAAAUUUAUUCCAAUAAAAGACCUUUGCCCAUUUUCAAAUUCAUAGAUGUCAAAUGAGUCAAAUCUGAAUAAUUGAAGGGGGAUAUGGUCAUGUUUGGCAUGUAUCCUGCUAGGUGAAGAGCUUUACAGAACUCCCUGAGUUGUAGAGAGGCACUAUUAAACCUGUAGUUUAGUUUGCUAGAUAUCAAGUAACAGGUGAGCGAUACAGGCCCAUUAUGCUUCUUGUUUAGUAUUUUGUCAAGUCAUUAAUGUUAUACAUGAUUGCAUAAAUAAUCUGCCUAGAAACAAAUGUUGUGUAGAAUACAAUGUGACAGACCAUGGGAGAUUGUUCCUAUUAGGGUAGUUUGUUGUGCAUUUGACAAAUGUGGCUGCUUUUUUUUUAUUGUUUUAUUUAUUAUAAUAUUGAUUCUGUGAUAAGAUUAAUCUUAAGGUAAAGGGUACCACUAUAACCAUGGAGAAGAGUUUGAAUCAGAGUUCUCUCCCUUCUAUAUAGAACAUGAAGCAACCAAAAACAGGAUUUUUUCUGACUUGGAGUGACUUCCCCUGUAAAGUUAUUUCAAGGCUUUGCAGACCUUAAAUUGGACAUUUGACACCUUGCAUUUAAGAUUCCUGGAUGUCAACAUUGGUAGGGUGUGUGGGAUUUGUAAUGUAAGGGCCCGAGUUCUACCCCUGGAGGUAAGGUGUGUUGGAUUUGUAAUGUAAGGGCCCAAGUUCUACCCCUGGAGGUAGGGAGUGUGGGAUUUGUAAUGUAAGGGCCCGAGUUCUACCCCUGGAGGUAAGGUGUGUUGGAUUUGUAAUGUAAGGGCCCAAGUUCUACCCCUGGAGGUAGGGUGUGUGGGAUUUGUAAUGUAAGGGCCUGAGUUCUACCCCUGGAGGUAAGGUGUGUGGGAUAUGUAAUGUAAGGGCCCAAGUUCUACCCCUGGAGGUAGGGUGUGUGAGAUUUGUAAUGUAAGGGCCCGAGUUCUACCCCUGGAGGUAGGGGGUGUGGGAUUUGUAAUGUAAGGGCCCGAGUUCUACCCCUGGAGGUAGGGGGUGUGGGAUUUGUAAUGUAAGGGCCCGAGUUCUUCCCCUGGAGGUAAGGUGUGUGGGAUUUGUAAUGUAAGGGCCCUAGUUCUACCCCUGGAGGUAGGGUGUGUGGGAUUUGUAAUGUAAGGGCCCAAGUGCUACCCCUGGAGGUAGGGUGUGUGGGAUUUGUAAUGUAAGGGCCUGAGUUCUACCCCUGGAGGUAAGGUGUGUGGGAUUUGUAAUGUAAGGGCCCGAAUUUUACCCCUGGAGGUAGGGUGUGUGGUAUUUGUAAUAUAAGGGCCCAAGUUCUUUUGAAAAGGGCUUGAAUAUUUCACAUUAAUAAUAUUUUAUAUUGUAAUAAUAUAGUUUAUCUUGUUGGUAUUCUUUACUUUCAUUUAUUGAAAUUGAUGACAUGAGUUGUAUAUAAUGAGUUUUUAAUCAGACUUCUUUCAAUGCUUACAAACUUCCUGUUUACGGACUCGUUUUAGUACAGCAUUUUGACGGUGUGAGAACAAAGUUUAACUUUACAUGUAUGUAGAUGUAACUGCUUGUUAAAGUGUUAUUAUAAGGCAUUGUUUUGGAUGUGGUUUACAUUAAUUUCUAAUCAGUAUGUUGUAUGAUAACAAAGUUACAAAGGUUUAUAUGGAGGUUGAUGGUUUUUAUGUAAAAAAAAUUGAGAAAAAAAUGAGAUUAAAAUUGGAAUUUACAAACAUAAAUUAUUAUAAUAUAAAAUUAACUGUAGAACAUUUCAUAUUAAUUCUUGUGUUAGAAGAAAUGAUAUACUGUUCUUUGCAUUUACACGUAUUAAUAAAUGAUACAAAAAUCA